CGCCAUACUUUUAAGAGCAUUUUCGGGGCGACUUUACAUUGUGAGGACAAUUGUGGAAAAAGCGGUGAAAGAACGUUCAAAAACGAACCGAAAAACUGCUGCCUAAAUGCGGUCACCACGUGCGAUAAGAACGCCACGUUUAAAACGAUAAAUCCAUUAGAUUCUGGCCAAGAAAAGAGCGGUUCUUUUGCGAGGGCGAGCAAGGAAAAUUUAGUGUGGUGCGAAAUUGUAAUCGGGAUUCUACGCAUUGUACGGCGUAUCAGCUGAAGAGAUUGUGUGCACCCCAAGCGACGCAAACAAAACCAAAACAAAACAAAAACAUUUGGAGAAUUAUGAGAUCGUAGGACCGACGGCACGGGAUUCAAUUCGACUGCCAUGGACAAGCGAUUCAAGUGGCCGCCCAAAAAGCGGGCCAACUACUUGGAAUCGCCCUAUCCCCACAUACCGUCGCGUGGCCGCCAAAGGAAUCUGCACGGCCAUCCCAAUCAGACGCAGCAUCUUCAUCAGCAUCCCGGGAAGAUCUAUGAGCGCCAGCAAUAUGGCAAUGGUCGUGGAGGACAUGGCGGGGGUAAUAACAACUACCGAAAGCUUUUGCAUUCGCUGCCAGCUGAGCAUGGUGGCGGAGCCAUGGCUCCUCCUUCCUCCGGCGGAACCGUGUGUGCCGGCGCCGAUAUGGUCAAGCUCAUCUCGGAGAACAACAACCUGAGGCGCAUGGUUAUGUUGAACUUAAACCUGAUGCAGGAGCAGACGGACAGCAUAGCGGCCAAGGACAAGGAGCUGGACGACCAAAGCGCUAAGAUGAGCGUGGUGAAGGCGCAGAAUGAGGAAUUAAAGCAGGCCGUUGCUCAGUUGGAGGCCGCCAACCAGGAACUAUGCAAACAGCUGCGGCGAAAGAACCAGCGAAGGAACGACAAUGACGACGACGACGAUGAUCCCCCACUGCCACCUGCUGCCCCGCAGCAGAAGUUGAUACGUUGUCAUGCUGAGACGCAAACUGUGUUUCGGGAGCGGGAACAGGGCACACAAACGAUAGAUGCGCAGCCUCAAUUCGCGAAUGCACUUCCCAGGGGUAUCAACAUGAAGGAGUCUCCCGCUCUGGACCAUCACGCUGGAGCGGUAACGAAUCAGCCAGCCAGCAAACGCUCGGAGAGCAAAGGCCGCGGUGAAUUCAACGGUAAAAAGGUGAGCACGUUUAUUCUCCAGCGCAUGAAUCAGGACUUCGAGCACCACAUCCACGAGCAAACGGAAGUAGCAGAGGAGCACGAGAUGGAGGCACAUAAGGAGCAAAUAUCUCAGGAAGAGGACCAACUGGUCGCUGAGGAAGAUCAUCUGCAUAUGCAAGAAGUGCACACCGAGGAAGUCGUUGGAGGCGAUAUCUUUCAUGAUGCUUUGGAAUCAAUUGAAAUGGAAGUGGUCACCGAAGAGCUGGUUGAUAUGGAGGAGCAUGGACAGUCCGUGGAUGCCAACGGCCAUAUCGAGGAGGAUGAUGACGAGGACGACGAAGAUGACGAGAAUAGUGAUAAAGACGAUGACAGUGAAGAGGAUGAUUAUCCGUGGAUGCAUAGCGAUGCGGAUGUAAACGCCAGAACUGAGGAAGAGCUCUGGCAGAAUCAGAAUUACCUUUUGGAAUUGGACCCGACGGAGGAGAAGACCUGUGCGCCUUCGGCCCAUUCAACUCCCAAUCACCAGCAGAAGUCUUCGACACAGGCAGAGAUAAGGAAAGAAGGAAAUCAGAAUCGGAUAACUGAAAAGUUGUUGCAACUAAAGCCUGAGCCAAUGGUAGAUGCAUUAGAAGCGCCGAUUCUCCCGAAGUGGGUGGCUUUUAAGAAAAAGGAUAAGGAACAUGAAUCAGUCCCCGAGUCCCCAGAAGUACCCAAGCAGCAGCCGCAUCAGGAAGAUGCCAUCGUUGAUCAUAAUGCAAUAAAGAAUCAGUUGGAAGUUCCCAAGCCGGACUUAAAACCGAAGGACCAGCCCAAAGACGAACAGAGGCAGGAUGGGCAGCUGGAUGUUCGCGUGGAACCACAAGAGGAUGUUCGUAAGGUACAGAAGGAAACUCUGAAAAGGCAACCAGAGGAUGCACCUAAGCACCUUCCGAAAGCGGUAGCCCCAAAGGUUACGAAAACAUCCUCUCGAGAAAGCACGUUGCCCAAGGCAAACACCGCUGACAUAAAAGACGCUCCCGCUCAAAAAGUAAUAGCCAACCAUCAGUCCACCAAGACGCAAACGGAUCCUGUAAAAACGCAGCGUUUGCAGGUUAAGAUCAGGCAGUAUGAAAUGCAUCCUGACAUGAGAACCGGCUCCUCCGCCCCGUCUGAUAUUCGGAAACAAAAGAACGUUGAUCCAGUUUCGACGCCCGAGACGAAAACCAUUAAAAGUAAAAGUAUGUUGGUCAAUGAUAAAAAGACCACGUCGGAAACGUCUCAGAGCCCAGAUCAAGAAAUAGAUGUGGAAACAGUUAGAAGAAAACUGGCGGAACAUUUAAAAAAGGAGCUCCUAAGCCAGAGUCAUUCGUCACAGGUUACGCUCAAGAAAAUAAGAGAGAGAGUCGCCACAAAUCUAAUAUAUCCACCACCCAGUGCACCAGUAUCCUCAACAACAAUAACCCCAGCGCCUACGCCGUCAACGACACCAACGCCUGGCUCAACGCCACAGCAUGCGGUUACAUCCUCAAUGGACCAGGAAAUAUCUGCAGCAAAAUCGAAAUCCAAGGCAGCUGAACAAAUAGCAACUCCUCUGACACCUCAAUCUAAUAGCAGUGUUAGCAGCACCACUUCGACUAUCCGAAAAACGCUAAACAACUGUUCACCCCACACGUACAGCAAGGCAACGGCGAGAUCGGGAAAACUGCAGUCCAGAUUCCGCACUGCCACGUUUCCGUACAGCACGAGAACGUGGGAGGAUCAGGAGUUCCACUGUGACAACGAGUUCUUCCUGGAGGAGGCCGACGAGCUGCUGGCGGAUAACCCUAGUCUGGAGAUACCCAAGUGGCGGGAUGUCCCAGUGCCACCCAGUUCGGAUAAAAUUGACACAGAAUUACUGAGCGAUGCGACCUUCGAGCGCCGGCACCAGAAAUAUGUGAAGGAUGAGGUCGAUCGAAAGUGUAGGGAUGCACGUUAUAUGAAGGAGCAGAUACGGCUUGAACAGCUUCGGAUGCGACGGAACCAAGACGAGGUGUUGGUUGCGCUGGAUCCUCUGCGCGCCUCCACUUUCUACCCGCUGCCCGAGGACAUAGAGGCCAUCCAAUUCGUCAACGAGGUGACAGUUCAGGCAUUCGGCGAAAACGUGGUCAACAUGGAGGCGCGGGAUGAUUUCGGUGUGCCUUGGGUGGAUGCAAUCGAAGCGCCAACCUCCAUAGCCAGGUCCAAGGCACUGGCUGAGCCGGUGGCAACGUUGGCUAGCAAAAAAAUACCCACCACUGCUGCCGAGGCGAGGCAUCAAGAAAAUCACUCCUCCUACGUGUUUCCCAAGCGACGCAAGCGCCAGAAGAAUCGUUAGCCAGGAAACGCCUGGGGGAUCUGAUACUGGAGCUAAGCAGAAGACUGUCGGUUGGGGGAAGUCGUUGCGUUUGACAUACUAAUGAUUUUCAGUUUUAAAUCAUGAAUUAUUUCUUAAGCUUAACGUGAAAGCACCAGAGUUAACAGUAACGAUUACCACAGAUCGUCUAGAAGUCAAAUAAUCCAGAGCAGACGAUGUUUAUUGUAUAUAUGGUUCCUCAACUGUCCGUUUUUAUUUGUGUAAUAAAAUGAACGGAACGCUGAAUUCUGGAACAUUAGAAAUUCUUUGUUAUAGAAUCUAUAAAUUUAUGUCAAAGUUUUGUCGUUUCUUAUGCGAUGAGAGAUCUUAAAAGGCAAGUAAAUUGAGCUGUCCUAUUCAAACAUUUUUCUAUUAAAUUGUUAUCAUAUUUAUUUCCUUGAAAUAUAAAUAAUUCGAUCUUAUAUUAGAUGUAAAUGAAUCCAAAUGUUCGUCGCCUGGUCUGGAAAUGAUUAGUUUUUAGUUAACGUCUUGCAAUUGAAAAGAGUUUCACCCUUGCUUGUUUCCAAUGUACGUAAAUUACUUAGUCCCACACAGCAUGUAAUUCAAACCAGUCGCUUAGUUAGAUUGGUUAACUCAUCUCAGCUUUAUCACCUUUAAAAUCGCCCGCACUAAAGUGAUAAGAACACGAAAGAUAUUCACAUAAGUUAUAUUGGGCAUUUUUUUGGAGAAAAACAAUGAAAUUCGUAGACUUAUAUUUUUAAAUAUUUUUUUUCUUUAGCCCUUAUAACCAUUUUUUUUGUCUUUGUUUAUACUGUUAUAUCUGUCGAUUCUCGAAUGCAGACAACGUGUGUGUUGCAAAGAGUUACUCAGGUAUAUCUCUGAUAAUUUGUCUUUUUUUUUAGGAUUUGAUUGUGUAAAAAUUGAGUGCGAGUGGUUGUCUGCUUCGAGUAAUCAAAUUAUACAUUGGAUCUAUUGUUUUAUUUUAUUAACUUCAUUAAACUUGUUUUAUGUUGUAUCGAACAAGAAAGGCCGUUAAGAUGAAAACUAGAUUUGAAGAAUAAAUAUAAAACUGAUUCCCGAACUGCACACCCGUUUGGCCUUAUGGGCACCAUGUAUUUUUGGCUAAAUAUUGUUUCGUUUAACACUUCUUCUGUUUGACUUUCUGUCGCAAUGAUAUGGAGCCUGCCAACGUCCGGAGAAAUCAAAUCACCAGCUCGCUUUCGAGUGGCGUCUUAUUUUUGUACAUUUCGAUAGGUGUAAAGUCGGUUACUUGUAAUAUAGCGUUAAGUAGGCACUGUACCCAAACGCAUAGAGAUAAUUAUAAUGUAACAAAGUAAAUACGAUACGAUGUACAUUGUCCAGGAAAAGGAGGAGCGGAGGGUGGAUGAACUUCGUUCAACACCAUUUUACACCAUUCAAUGUAAUUAGCGUUAAAUAGUUCAAUUUACUGAAGCUUCAACUAAAAAUCAAUUCGAAAUUAAUUGCCACCAUUGUAGAGCCCUAAACAAACUCACCUACUGUAAGAAUAAAUGUACUACAUACAAUGU